CGCUUGUUUUCUUCCAUUCACACAACAUUUUCCAAAAUGGCCAAGCUCCUCCUCAGCCUCGCCGCUCUCUUCUUCCUCUUCGCCUUCUCCCGCGCUCACACCUCCUCCGAUCUACCCGCCAACGAAAUCAAAGCCCGCGAUCCAGCCGACGUCAAGUUACCCGAAUCCAAUCCCAAGCGCAAAACCCCCACCACCACCACCAUCCUCUUGCCUAGCGAGAAACCCGACACCGAGUCCGCAACCGGCGCCACCAUCUUACCAAAGGAAGAGUCGACCAUCGAGACCGUCCCGUUGACCGUCUUCAGCUUCCGCCCCGUCAACCGCCAUUUCCCCAGGCGCCCCUUCCCGUUGUCUUUCCGUCACGGCCGCCCAUGCGGCCACGGCCGCCGCCCCUGGACCCCGCGCUUUCACGGAGGCGAGCGCGAACAUCGCGAGGGCGAGUCUGUUUCGUACGGCAACGAUAUGAUCAUGGCGUCCGGGGACAACAUGGGAUUCGAUCCGGCGUUUCGCGGUGGAGAGCGACAGAUCCCCGCUAGGUGGGUCAAUUUCCGCCACGGUGGGCCUAGGUUCCCGUUCAGGCAUGAGGAAGAAAUGGAAUUGGAGAGGCCGCAUCACCACCACCGCCACCACCAUGACCACGACCAAGACCGCCGCGAAGGAUUCGAAGGAAUGGAGAAGCCGUUUAGAGAGCACAAGCAUGAGCAUGAGGGCGGUUUGAUGAGGAAGUUCCGCAAGUUCUUGAGCCACUUUUGAGCUUUGAAACCAUUGAUUGAUCCCACAUAUCAAUCUAAUCUAUCUUUUUAUGCUUACUUCUAGUUUAUGUAAAGAACUUUGCAUCCAUGAGAGAUGUUGAAUCGUGUUUAUGUUCGUAAACUCAUAAUCGUAUGUAUGUAUGUAUGUAUGUAUUUGUUUGUGUUUGUGUUUGUAUUUGUAUUGAGUAUGAGUAGAUUGUGUUUAUGUAUUUGUACUUGAUGAAUUUGAAUUUUGUUUGAGAUUA